GGCUUUCAGAGGAGAGAGGAGGCUUUCAGAGGAGAGGGAAGUGAGGAUGCACGAGUGCAGCCUUCACAGAAGUCUUGUACCGACUGACACACCCCAUGAUUGGAUAGCAGUUAUUGAUUGGACAGCUGAUCGGACUGAUCUGAUCCAUCAGUUUCAUACAGACACAUAAGAGAUUAAACUCAGUGUGUCACUGACAAGUUGGAUAUUUGAUUUGUUUUCCGAUUCAUCGACUUAAAAAUCUGAACAAAAAACAAACGACUCUCUGUCAGGCGGUAUUGGGCUGAACCCCUGCUUAUCAAUAAACAUAAACCGGAUGUAUUCUUAAUCAAUAAGUUACUUAACAGGAAACGCUUGAAAAUGUGUAGAUUAUUGACGUUGUGCUGGUCAGUGUGUUUUAUUCUGACAGUACGCUGGUGGAGCCGGAUGUUAUCUCUCCGGGAAGGGGGCGGAGCGACUGGGCAGCUGUAGCCGUCUGACAGGGCUCGAAGAGCGGCUGCUAGAGGCGCGAGACACCCCUCAGCCCGGUUCUCUGUCCUCUGGGGAAGAUGUGUAAAGUCCAAAUGCUGAGAGCGUUGGUGAAGCAGCGACUAACUGCGGCUGCUGAAGAGAUAUUUGGGCUGUUUGAAAGAACGAUAGCAGAGUACGAGGAGCAACUUUGUCGCUCAAAAGAGGAGAACGAGCGACAACGGAAACUACUGGAGCUCCGCGCGGGACCGGAAAUAAACAGAGCAGAUGUCCGCAAAGUUUCCGAGAGUAAAGAAGAGGUUCCCCCUGAGCAGCAGGAGUGGAGCUCCAGUGUGGACCAGGAGGACCCAGAGCCCCCACACAUUAAAGAGGAAGAGGAGGAACUGUGGAGCAGUCAGGAGGGAGAGCAGCUUCAAGGGCUGGAGGAGGCUGAUAUCACCAAGUUCACAUUCACUCCUGUCCCUGUGAAGAGUGAAGAUGAUGAAGAGGGACCUCAGUCUGAGGGACACCACUGUGGAGGACCAGGACCAGUGCCCGGAGGAGGAGUGCGACCAUUGCCCGGAGACUCUGAUCCAGAUCCCGAUGACAAGACCGGAGACUCUUCUGAAGUUGAGACUGACGACAGUGACGAUUGGACGGAGACCGGAGAACUUCAGUCAGGUUUAAACUCUGUGAAAAACGAUGACCUACCUGCCAGCUAUUCAAGACGUAGUGCUGAUGAGAAGCCGUUCAGCUGCUCUGAAUGCGGGAGAACAUUCGGUAAAAGCGGCUACCUGAAGCGACACAUGAGAUCUCACACAGGAGAGAAACCAUUCAGCUGUCCAAUGUGCAAAAUGUCUUUUGGACAAAGCGGAUGUUUGAAGCGACACAUGAGGAGCCACAAAGGCGAGAAACCGUUCAGCUGCUCCGUUUGUGAGAAAAGAUUUUUGCGCCGAGGAGACCUGAAGAGACACACGAUAACUCACACGGGAGAGAAACCAUUCAGCUGCUCCGUUUGCAGUAAAGGAUUCAUCCAGAAGGUUCAUUUGAGACAACACAUGACACGUCACACGGGGGAGAAACUUUUCGCCUGCAGCAUUUGUGACCAAAGAUUCACCUGGCUUUACCAGCUCAGGAACCAUCAGUGUGUCGGGCGUCAGUCGUCACAGGUUUUCCAAACUGAGGAGAACAGAGGGGCGGAGCCUCCAGCCAGCAGCUUAACUCAACAGAGACAACAGAUGGGAACAGAAGCUGAUGGAGAGGACUGUGGAGGACCAGAACCAGCCAGGAACUCGAAUCCAGAUUUACAACCAGAUACUGAUGACAAGACCAGAGACUCUUCCGAACUGACGACCAAAUUUCCCUUGUGUGAUGUCGGAUUAAAUAAUGGCAAGAAACUGUUUAGCUGUGCCGAGUGCAGUAAAACAUUCGGCCACAAGACACACCUGCGGGAACACGUGAGAGCGCACACAGGAGAGAAACCAUUCAGCUGCUCAGUCUGUAACAAGUGGUUUUCGUGGAGGACGCAGUUACAGAGGCACAUGAGAGUCCACACAUCGGAGAAACAACAGCUGGAAUGUUUGUGACUAAAUGUUCAGUAGUAGGCCGACUUAGUGAGUCCUCACUGCACCAGGAAAACCAAUCAGUCUUCAUGAGGUUUUAACAGUCCUGAAUCCCUUUAAGAGAUGGGACAUGAUCCUGAGAGACACAUUCCCGGUGGUGAUGAAGUCAUAUGGACCAUCUGCUUCAACACAUUAAGGCCAAUUUGUGCUUGGGUUUCCUCCAGGUGCUCUGACAUGUUCUCCCCGUGUCAGCGUGGGUUUCCUCCAGGUGCUCCGACAUGUUCUCCCUGUGUCAGCGUGGGUUU